CCGCGUGCCUCGCCCUUGAGCGGUGUAGCGUAGCGGGCACAACCGGGGUGCGCCUGGCGGCCGCGCGCGCGCAUGCGUCCUUUCUUGAAGUCGGGAGAGGAGCCUCAGAGACUUUCAAAGAUGUCAACUCAAGGCCAUACCUGGGCCCGACAGGUGAAGAAGGAGGAUGAGGAAGAGGACCCUCUGGACCAGCUGAUCUCCCGAUCUGGCUGUGCUGCUUUCCACUAUGCAGUGCAGGAGUGCAUGGCCCAGCACCAGGACUGGCGACAGUGCCAGCCACAGGUGCAGGCCUUCAGGGACUGCAUGAGUGAACAGCAGGCAAGGCGGCGGGAGGAGCUGCAGAGGAGGAAAGAGCAAGCAAGUGCCCACCGCUGAGACCCCAAACCACCUAUCUCCAGAGGAUGGCCCUGCAGAAACUAGUACCCAGAGAGAUCAUGGGGGGAAGAAACCCUUAAUGGUGGAAGUGUGGGCCAAGAGGUGUAAAACUAAGGAUAGUCUUUGGGAUUGGGGUUGAGAGCCAGGCAGCAAUGGGUUUGGACAUGACUGCCAUAAAGAGCUGUCAUAUUUUCAUGAUGAGAUCCCACACAUCAUCAUCCAUCUUGUUUCACCACUAUUAAAUAGUGACCAAUAUUUGCCAAGUAAAACAAAGAGUGGAGUUAAGGGAUGCUCUCCCACCCUACAUCUUGGGUCAGUGUGCCAAGUACUGAGCUGAAUACAUGGACAUUUAAUUUUAAAAAUAAAUUCACAAUCUAAAGAUAAAUUGGUUCCCUAA